AAAAAGAAAAAAAUGAUUCUUCUUUUUUACGCGCGAAAUAUAGGGUUCAAAAGAUAAACCAAAUGCAAGUAUGCAACCACUUUUCUAUUGCCAUGAAAAGAUCACAGCUUGUUCUUAAAAACCUAAAAAUUUUCACAUCUUAUCCUGCAGAGUCUUUUCUUUGGCCUCAAAUCAAGAGUCAUUUACACACCCUCUCUAGUCACAAUCUUCAAGACCCAAUUGCCAUUGCAAAUGCUCUCAGAAUCUCUUCAAGUUCAAAAUCAGUUAUUCUUGGGAAUCAAAUUCAUUCCCAAGUUAUUAAACUGGGGUUUUCAGAAAACAUAUUUUCUCAAAAUAAUUUAAUUAUUAUGUACACAAAGUGUGGGUUUUUGGAUAAUGGAUUACAAGUGUUUGAUGAAAUGACUGAUAGAAAUCUUGUUUCAUGGACUUCGAUCACCUCGGGUUGUAUUCAAAAUGGAGAAAGUGCACUGGGGUUAGAGAUUUUUACUCAGAUGAUUGAAAAUGGGUUUCGUCCAAAUGAGUUUGCUUUUGGAAGUGUAUUGAGAGGGUGUACUAGCUUAGAGGAUAUAAAAUUUGGUUCAUCUGCUCAUUGUUUGGCUUUGAAAAAUGGUAGUUUGGAUAAUCAUUUUGUAAUUAGUUCACUUCUGUAUAUGUAUGCGAAAUGUGGAUAUGUCGAAACAGCUGAGCGGGUGUUUGAGUGUAUAAAAGACUGUGAUGUUGGUUGCUGGAAUACUAUGAUUGAAGGGUAUGCUUUAAAUGGUUAUAGCUAUGAAGCUCUGCGACUAGUAUCUUCAAUGAAUAAGAAAGGAAUGGUUAUGGAUCAUCUUACGUUCAUCAGUGCUAUAAAGGGUUGCUCAAGUUUGGGUGAUUUAAAUUUUGGGAGACAGAUUCAUGCCAUGAUCAUCCAGAGUGAAGUAAAAUUGAGUUCUUCAGUUAUGAAUUCUCUAGUUGAUAUGUAUUUUAAAGUUGGUGAAAAGGUUUCUGCUUUGAAAGUUUUCAGUCAGAUGCAUGAGAAAGAUGUUGCAUCAUGGAAUACCAUGCUUUCUGAGUUUGCGCACAAUGAAGAUGCCAUGGUAGUAGACUUGUUCACUAGAAUGCUAAGAGCAGGAUUAUACCCAAAUCGUAUUACAUUUUCAAUUCUAUUUAGGUUCUGUGGAUCAUUAGUUGAUCUGUCUCUGGGGUUUCAGUUUUAUUGUCUUGCUUAUCACCUCGGAUUCACUGAUGAACCAAUCGUAGCAAAUUCUCUCUUCAAUUUGUUCUCUAAAUGUGGGAAACCUGAUAUUGCAAAUUCAAUAUUUACUGGUAUCCCCCGUCAAAGUGUAACUUCAUGGAACGAGAUGAUCAUGGGUUUUAACUUGAAUGGUUGUACCAUGGAAGCUUUAGAGCUUUUCGCUAAUUUAUGGAAGUCAGGAAUGAAAGUGGAUGAGUGUACCAUACGCAGUAUUCUAGGUACCUGUACAGGAGUUGAACACAUAGCAGUUGGUAGGCAAAUUCAUGGAGUUAUAAUAAAAUCUGGUUUUUGUUCUCAGAAUUUUGUUUGUUCUUCGUUGAUCAACGCUUAUGGGAGAUUUGGAUUGGUGGAGGAUUGCUUUAUAAUUUUCAGAGGAAUCGAGAGAUUAGACUUGGCAUUGUGGGAGGCUAUGAUUUCCUCAUUAGUUCGUGGGGGUUGCAUUAAUCAAUCCCUAGAUCUUCUGAAAAGCCUGAUAAAAGAUGGCCAGAAACCAGAUGAGUUUAUUUUGGGCAGUAUUCUAAAUGGGUGUGCAGAUGUUGCAGCACAUACACAAACUAAAUCUGUUCAUUCAAUUGUAAUCAAAACUGGAUUUGGAGUGGAUCUGUGUGUUGCCAGUGCAGUUAUAGAUGCCUAUGCUAAGUGUGGGGACAUUGCAAGUUCAAGGAUAGUUUUUAAUCAGUCAGUGAGAUAUGCUGAUUGUGUACUUUUUAAUACCAUGAUCAUGGCUUAUGCACGUCAUGGUUUAGUCACAGAAGCUAUUGCGGUUUUGGAGGAAAUGAAACGGUCUAAUUUACAGCCAAGUCACUCCACUUUUGUUUCAGUUAUUUCAAUGCGCAGUCAUCUAGGUCUUGUUGAGCAAGGUCAAAACUUCUUUGACACGAUAAGCUCAGUCUAUGGGAUGGUUCCAUCUGCAGGGAUUUACGGUUGCUUAGUUGAUUUGUUUUCACGAAAUGGGUACCUUGAGAAAGCAAAAUGCGUGCUCGAAACUAUGCCCUUUGCGCCUUGGCCUGCAGUUUGGAGAUCCUUCCUAAGUGGAUGUAGGACUCAUGGGAAAAGAGAGUUGGGAGAAUGGGCAUCCAAGCAGUUGCUUGAGCUGGUUCCUGAAAAUGAUGCAGCUUACACUCUGUUGUCGAAGAUUUAUUCAGACGAAGGUAGUUGGGAAGACGCUGCAAAAGUGCGACUGGCGAUGAAUGAAAGUGAAAUUCUCAAAAAACGAGGCUAUAGUUGGAUGGAGUUAUAGGGGGCAUUGGUCAUUCAGUUUGUAGCAGAUAUUUAAAACAGAAUAAACUAAGAACAGAAUGAUAUGAACGCAGGGGUUAAAGUCUCCCUUGAAAUGCUGCUUACAGGGGAAGGCUGCCCAAGAGUUCGAACUCCAGCCUAAAAUCACCACGGUUCAGAAGCCGACAAAUAUCCAAUAUAAUUGACCAACGGUAAAUCGUGUGCAUGCUGUACAGGGUAUCAUUCAUUAGUUUCUGGUAAUCCAUAUAAUUCUUCAUUCAGACAGUUAUCUGAAUUUAGCACCUGACCAUGUAGUAUACAAAGUUUUUCAUCUAAGGGUAAAGAUGUGACUUGCAGCCAUAUUGCUCCUUUACAUAUCUCUAAUAUUACUUGACCAUUUACCAGGUCAUUUUGAACAAAUCUGUUCUUUUGUUAUAUCAUCAGAGCCAGUGUUGUCAUCUUGUGUUUGGUUGCUGUUACACUAACAUAGUUGGGCAUGUAACUACACGUGAUUCUUUUCCACCAGUUAG